AUGGUACGUCAUCUCCACGAUGAGACAAUGGCGAGCGACGCGGACAACUACGCUAUCUCCAAGGCAUUCGCAAUGACCACUGGAGUGAAGCAGGAAUGCGUAUUCGCUCCCAUCCUCUUCAGUCUCAUUUUGUCUGCCAUGCUGACGGACGUCUACUGCGAUGAGCGACUCCGGAUCCGCAUCGACUACAGUACCGACGGACACAUUCUCAACAGCCGGCGAAUGCAGGCCCCGACGCGUCUCUUCACAACUACUAUUCACGGUCUGCUUUUACUGACGACUGCGCACUCAACAGCACAACUGAAGAAGACAUGCAACGUAGCAUGAACCUCCUCUCCUCCGCUGCGCUCACCUCGGACUGACCGUCCAUACGGACAAUACGGUGGUCAUAAAUCAACAGCCAUCGACCAUUGAAUACAGUACCCUUGCAUCUGCGUCCACGGCACCGAACUGAAGACCGCGGAUAGCUUCAACUACCUAGGCAGCAUAAUGUCACGCUGAAUCAGAAUCGACAUUGAAGUGGCCCAUUGGAUCUCCAAAGUCAGCCAAGCUUUCGGCCGGCUGCAGAUCUACAUGUGGAAUGACCAUGGCCUCCAGCUGAAUACCAAACUAAAGAUUUACAAGACUGUCGUCUUGACGACACUCCUGUACGGAACGGAGGCCUAGACCGUCUACUCCGGCCAUGCAGGGACCUUAACCAUUGCCAUCGCAGCCGCAUUCACAGAAUACUAAAGCUGAGGUGGCAAGACAGGAUCUCCCACACGGAAGUUCUAAGACGGACCAGAAUUCUCAGCAUUAACGCCAUGUUGAAGAUACUGCAACUACGUUGGGGCCGCCAUUCCGUGCAAAUGGAAAAUACACUUCUACCAAAACAACUCUACUAUGGUGAUGUCGCCACGGGUGCUCGCCGACCGGGGGAACAAAGAAUACGCAACAAGGAUACAUUGAAGAAUUCUCUUAAACGAUUGAAGAUCAACCCGUAGACUUAAUAGGACGUCGCUCUGAAUAGACCGGCCUAGAGAAGAGAAGCAAAGACUGGCGCAGCCAUCUCGAAGCAGGCCGGAUCGCCGUCGCUAAAGUUAAAAGGACUGUUCGCAAGUCUCAGGCGCCUUCGAUUCACAACGUCGCCACUCAAUCCCAUCCAACAUCCUGCACUGUUAAUGAUCAUUUCGCACGUGGAUCGGCCUACUCGGUCAUCCUCGGACCGACGACUGCCAUUGCUGCCUCCAAGAACACGCCUGCUCCAACCUCCACGUCGGCGCCCACCCUCACCAACGUUGAUUCGAAUCCCCGUGUCACACUGCCACCGGCCACUGCCACCUACAUUAUUUCUGCCACAACCACCGAACGAAACCACCUCUACCACCACCGUCAAUGA